AAAACAACACAAAUUUAUUACUUAAGGUUCUGGAGAUCUGAAAUUCUAAGUCAAGUCAUUUGGCAGGGUAGUGUUCUUUCAGGGGGCUCCAGGGGAAAUACUGUUUACUGGCCUUUUCCAACUCUUACAUUCUUUGGAUCCACCUUAAAAUGUACAGAUUUUUAAAAUCUCUCUUUCUGAUGUCUACUUCAUCGUCAUAUCACCUUCUCUGACUCUCCUACCUCCAGCCCAGACGGAUAAUCCAAGAUAAUUUCCCCAUCUCAAGAUCCUAAAGUUAGUCAUAUCUAAAGUCCCUUUUACCAUGUAAGCUUAACAUAUUCGCAGGUUCUAGAAGAUGAGGACAGGAACGUCUUUUGGGGGAGGCAUUAUUCUGUAUCCUACAACUGACAACGUUGGUAUCGGAUAUUACCUGUGGACCAAGAACUUCCCAAUGCCAAACUGUGGAAUUAAAUAGGUUUAUGAAUUUUGUAGCCCCGGCCCAGACAACCUCAACCCCAGCCCAGGCCCUGCUCAUGGAAAAAGAAGAACACCAGAACAGUUCUGUGAACGAAGCUUUCUUUCAAGAGAAAAAGAAUGACAUGAGUACACGUUCUUUGAAAUUCACCGAUCAUAAAGUCAGUGCUCCAGGGAGGAGUGAGCUGGGGGCGGUGCAGCACAAACCAGGAAUAUUAUAUUAAUGGAUGUUACUCCACAUGGAAGGAGACAUCACCCGUGGAGAAUAAGUGUUUCCCCAAUAAACACAUCCACAUUUGAACUCAUCAUCAUAUCCCACAUCUGAUCAUCCUCCCAGAUUAUCACCAGCACUUUCUAGUAACUUAGAUCAGAAACGUGUGGAUAACCCGAAGACUCAUUUGUCUUCGCAUCUUGCUGAAUUUUUCUACCAUCCACCCCUUCACCCAUAACAGAAACUUGGCCUACUUAUUUGGCCCCUACUCAGUGCUGUCAAUUCUACCACCUUAACAGCGCUCACAUCUGCCCCUUCUACAAGCCUUGCUCUUCCUGCCCGUUUUCACUUUCAUACAUUUACUCAUGAGCUCCCUUUGCCUGGAAUUGUAUCUUUUCCAGUUACUCUCUCUAAACUCCCACACUUUGCCCAAGCGUCAAGCAGAAUUGAUUAUCCACCAUCAGCCAGGAUCAGACUUGAACCUGGCUUUCUGACUCCAAACUCCAUGCUCUUAACUGCUCUUGCUCCACGGUCUUCUCUUUUAAAGCUAACAAGGCACCUUGGCAUGCAUUUCCUUUUAGCCUCACAACUCUCCAGCGGAGGUUCAAUGGGCAUUCUUAUCCCUAUUUACAGAGUGAGGAAACUGAGACGGGAACCCAAGGCUCGGCCCAUCGCCCCCUUGCUCCUGAGUCAACGAGUCCCUCAGCCGUCUUCCCUGUAAGCGCGCCGUCACCGCCUUCCGGCUUUACUCCUGUGAGAGCCUCACUGCACUUCGCAGAACUACCGAAGGGGUCCGCGCCCGUCUGGACCAGGCCAGAGCUCUCUCCACCGCAGGCGCCCUGUCACUUCGAGGCGGCGAUCAAGGCGGGGACUGUCCCAUUCGCAGUGACGAAAUCCGUGACGCCAUACAGUGACGUACGGUGACGUGACUUACCCGGAGCCCGGUGCCGGCGGGACAGCCACACCCUGGGGACCCAGGCUCCGAAGGGCAGCGGGUAGGGCGGGCGGGGCAGAGUCGCCAAAGCCGCCUGAGGCGACCCCGGGGCCCUAAACCCUCGCCUCCAGCCCGCCCCGCGGCCGAUGUUCGGUUGCUAAGUGACGCCAGCGCGCUGAGGCGCGUGCGCGGCCACGGCGGUGUGCGUGAGAGCGGGCGCGCGCCGCGGCAGCGGCGGCGACGGCGAGGACGGCGGAGACGGCCGCGGCCGAGGGGGCGGUGGCUACGAGGGGUGUGCGGAGCCGGCGGAGGAGGCCUCUGUGUCGGCGGCUAGGUCGCCGAGGAACAUCGUCGGGGUCAGUGACUAUCACCUGUUCUACAAGAUGAGUAACAGCCACCCUCUUCGCCCCUUUACUGCAGUGGGGGAAAUUGAUCAUGUGCACAUUUUGUCUGAACAUAUCGGUGCUUUGCUGAUUGGAGAAGAAUAUGGCGACGUCACAUUUGUUGUGGAAAAGAAACGUUUUCCUGCCCACAGGGUAAUUUUAGCAGCGAGGUGCCAAUAUUUUCGAGCAUUACUGUAUGGUGGAAUGCGGGAAUCUCAGCCUGAAGCAGAAAUCCCUCUCCAGGACACCACUGCAGAAGCCUUCACAAUGCUGCUUAAAUACAUCUACACUGGGCGGGCAACACUGACGGACGAGAAGGAGGAGGUGCUGCUGGACUUCCUGAGCCUGGCGCAUAAAUACGGAUUUCCAGAGCUGGAGGAUUCUACCUCCGAGUACCUCUGCACCAUACUUAACAUUCAGAAUGUCUGUAUGACGUUUGAUGUUGCCAGUCUCUACUCACUCCCCAAGUUAACUUGCAUGUGCUGCAUGUUUAUGGACAGAAAUGCUCAGGAGGUGCUCUCAAGUGAAGGCUUCCUCUCCCUUUCUAAGACAGCACUUUUACACAUCGUAUUAAGAGAUUCAUUUGCAGCUCCUGAAAAAGAUAUUUUCCUAGCCUUGUUGAACUGGUGUAAGCACAAUGCAAAGGAGAAUCAUGCUGAAAUCAUGCAGGCUGUGCGUUUACCUCUGAUGAGCCUCACUGAACUUCUGAAUGUUGUGAGGCCUUCAGGGCUCUUAUCUCCCGAUGCCAUUCUGGAUGCUAUUAAAGUUCGAUCGGAGAGCCGGGAUAUGGACCUCAAUUACAGGGGCAUGCUCAUACCAGAAGAAAACAUUGCAACUAUGAAGUAUGGAGCCCAGGUUGUAAAAGGGGAGCUGAAAUCUGCCUUACUAGAUGGUGAUACUCAAAAUUAUGAUCUGGAUCAUGGAUUUUCUCGGCAUCCAAUUGAUGAUGACUGCCGUUCUGGCAUCGAGAUUAAGCUGGGUCAGCCGUCCAUUAUCAAUCACAUUCGGAUCCUCCUGUGGGACCGGGAUAGCCGGUCUUAUUCAUACUUCAUUGAAGUGUCGAUGGAUGAACUCGAUUGGAUCAGAGUGAUUGAUCAUUCACAGUAUCUGUGUCGUUCUUGGCAAAAGUUGUAUUUCCCAGCCCGUGUCUGCAGGUAUAUUCGAAUAGUUGGGACUCAUAACACAGUGAACAAGAUUUUUCACAUUGUGGCUUUUGAAUGUAUGUUUACAAACAAAACCUUCACUCUCGAGAAGGGCCUGAUAGUUCCCAUGGAGAACGUUGCAACGAUUGCUGAUUGUGCCAGUGUGAUUGAAGGAGUCAGUCGGAGCCGAAAUGCCUUGCUGAAUGGGGACACCAAGAAUUAUGACUGGGAUUCUGGCUACACGUGUCACCAGUUGGGCAGUGGCGCGAUAGUGGUUCAACUGGCACAGCCAUACAUGAUUGGGUCAAUACGGUUAUUGCUUUGGGACUGUGACGAUCGAAGCUACAGUUACUACGUGGAGGUUUCCACCAACCAGCAACAGUGGACCAUGGUGGCUGACAGAACUAAAGUCUCCUGCAAGUCCUGGCAAUCAGUAACUUUUGACAGACAGCCCGCCUCCUUCAUCCGAAUCGUUGGAACACACAACACAGCCAAUGAGGUGUUCCACUGCGUCCACUUUGAGUGUCCGGAGCAGCAGAGCAGCCAGAAGGAGGAAAACGGCGAGGAAUCAGGGCCAGGGGACAGCAGCCCGGCCAGCCAGCAGCUCGACCCCCAUGCCCUGCAGGCCCCCAGCGCCAGCUCACUGCCCUCCAGCCCGGGCUCCAACUCACGCUCACCCAACCGGCAGCACCAAUAAAGGAAGCAUGAAGUGGAGGGACUCGGUGGGCCCAGAUGGCAGCAAGACCGGGUGUUCCCCCCCACCCCCCCUAAAGGAGCAGGCCUGGCUGCAGGAACAGACACAGAGCAGGUUUCUCCCAAGGGCAGGAAGGGGCCGCUUUGUUCUCCUCAAUUUGUUCAAAUCAGACUGGCCUCCAGGGGGAGAAAAUGGGUCUUCAAUCUUCAUCAAGUUCCCCGUUAAUACCCUACCUCUCUAAUCUAACCCAGGCGAGGGAACAGAAGGAAGGAAUAGGCAGGCCCGGGUCGGAAUACAAAAUUGGCAUGUGCACACUCCAGUGGAAGAGAAUAUGUGAGCCCUUAUUACCUGGAGGCACCGUUAGGAAAUGGGUUUCCGUAGUGGUUACUUUGUGGAACACAUAGCCCUGGCAACUAAAUAAGUUUUUAUUUCUUUUAGCUAUUUUCCAUUUGCUGAAUCCUAGGUGUUCCGGAUCUUUUUGAAAUGCUCAAAACAGCAAAUCACUUGUUUGAAUCCCUUUGACGCUGUAAUUUUCCUGCCUUAGUUUGGAAUGGUUAAGCCGGAGGUAGAGCCGAGACACAUCAUGUGCUCUCCUAAACGAGGCCCAGAUGCAGCUCAUCGUGCCUCCUGGGCUGAGAAGGAAACCCUUGGAGGAAGUUCAGCAAAGUACACAAUGAGCAAACCAACCCGUGGACACUCGAGUUAAUCACUCGAACUGCGGGGUCCUUAACCUGUCAUUUCUGAAAUGUACUCAGCCUUCAAGCUUGGGGGGCUGACAAGGGAAUAGCUAUCAUGCCACCUGCUAAUUUAAUGGUCAGAAGCACGUGUACAUAACUCUGUACCAGCUUCCGGUUGGGCUGGACCUGUCCUUGAAUCCACACAUUUGGGCCACGUACGGCGGCAGCCCUCCUGCCUGUCGGUGCCCUCCAGCCCUCCUUUGCAGCCCAGUCUGGUGUUUGUCCCCCAGACCACAAUAUUCUACCAGGAUUGAUGAAAAAAAGCAGUUCCAAGCUGCUUUCCUCACUGAAACAGUCUCGUCUGACUCGCAUAGCUGAUCUGCUGCUGUUGUCUUAAUAAUCGGAGUGUUGUCUGCUGCUGGCUUACCUGCACAGUUCUCCCUUGGCCGUGUCUGUCAGCUCCACCUGAGGCUUCUUCAGACGCAGGGUUCUCUGUACCACCUGUGACCUGGCUUCAGCUGACAGGGGCUUCCCUUCUGGCGUCUCCAAGACACAUUGGUUGCGGAUGUACGGAGAGCAAUGGGUCGACAGUUUUCUCCUAGUGGAACUUAGUUCUGCGGGACUGUUGGGUACUAGAAUAGUAGGGCAGCAUCAACUGUCUUAUUCUCGGGGAAGGUAGUCAGUCUGCUGUGUGAGUGCAGGCCAGGGAGGGGCGGUCCGGGAGAGGAGAAGCCGCUGGGCCAGCAGCCCCCACCCAGGGCUCUAUGUCUCCUUCUGCGCCCUCAUUCUGAUCCAUCCACUUCCCCUGUGUGGGGUGAGUGGAACCCCUGAGGGGCGCCCCGCACUUAGCAAUGGGAGGCAGGCGGGCUCCUGUAACCAGCGGUGCCUCCGCCUGCUCGCCCUCUGGGGCUGGGCCUCGCCUCCCGCUUCCCGCCCCUGGGCGUGUAAGCACAGGAUUCCUGUCCAGUCAGCACUUCCGCCAGCAGUGCAUUCGCACCCGGCGGGGGACACAGGCAGCCAUGUAAGUCAGAGCAAAGGCCAACUGCAAAUGUUUUGAAAGUGUCAUCUAUUGACGGACUUCUUUUUAAACUCCAAAGUCACCUGUCCAGAGAGGAGCCCGGGGCUCAGAGGCCGCACUGAGGACCCUGGGAUAGGGGGUGGGGGGCGGAGCUAAAGAAGGAUCUGGAAGAGGUGACUGAACGCUGUUUCCAGACCUGGCAGUUCCGCUGCCACACGGCACACCUGGCCAUCCCAGGCCCAGGUAACUAAAUGCCGCCGGGCAGCUCAGCUUCACCCCUGAAGGGGCACAGAUGAGUCUGCGAGCGAAGCUCCAGCACUAGACCCACGCGGGUGCCCUUCCUGCCAGGGCUCGUCUUCUCCCUCCUGCCUCCUAGGAAUUUCCUUUGGUGUUUGCACUUGCCAGAUACCUGUCCUUGAGAGAAUGGCGUUUGGCUCCCUCCCACUCUUCUGCAACAUUUCUGAUGCUCCUAUUAUUAGAUGAAGGGAAAGGAGGGGAAACCGAGGCAGUGCUGACAGCAUGGCAGCGGGGAGGACUGAUGGCGGGCUCUGUACGGUGGUACCACCUCCGUCCUUCCCAGAGGCGGUUGCCGGCUCCCCUUCCCCCAGGCUGGUACUGAGGCCUGGCAAAACCUGCCCUGCCCUGCCUCCUGGUACCAGGCCGGAGCGCUGCCUUCCUCAUGGCCUUCUGCUUUGAGGAGCACGAGGGGCUCUUUCUGCUUGACCAGCUGGGCCAGGGCCUUCCUGAGGGGGGCCAGAGACCCCACUUGUCGCGUGCGGAAGCAGACACACCCAGAGCGAGGCCUGGAUCACUAGGGAAAGAGGGAUGAGUGGCAGCAGAGAAAAGCCCGCAGGCGACACGUUCUCUAUCUAGAGCCCUGGCUGCCCCACCGGAGGUCUCCGCUGCGGCCACCUCAACCCAAGUGGCCUGAAAACUUGAAGAGACUCAGGGAGCUACCUGGACAUGUGGGUGACAAGAUGGGCUGGCACGCAGACGGAAGGAUUCCCGGACCCCCGCGGAGUGAGCCCGGCACAGGACAGAGCUGCUUCUGUGCGUUGGCAGCUGUGGGGUUUGAGCAGGAGACACGGGCAGGGCAGGGGCUGUGGCUCCCCCGCCCAUGUGAAGACACAGCCUGAAAGGUCAGGCGGGGCUGGACCCUCGGCUGAGAUGGACAGGGGUGCUUGUGACUUCUGUGAUGCUUGUCAGUUAAACUAAAAUGGCAGCUUUGUAACCACCAUCCAGGUAAAGGAAUAGAACACUGCCAGAACCCCUGCCCUUCGUUUCAAAUCGUGGUUUUUGAAGAAUAAAGAGCAAACUUCAUUAGGUCUUCUGGGAAAGCCUUCAAGGUCACCUUGUGGCAGCUCCUGGGAGGACCGCUGGGGUAGCAUUGAGCGUGCCAGGCAGGGCACGUGCGCAGUGGGCUGGCACCCGGGUCAAAGCAGUCUUCAAGGCAGGGUUGCUGCCAACGAACCGGGUGUAACAGUAAUGCGUGUGGGCGCGCACACACACACAUAACUCCCCACAGCCACACACACAACCACCCCCACACACAACCACCACCCACACAGACAGUCUCCCACAGUCUCAUUGCUUUUUCUAUUUUUUUUCUGAUUUCAGUUAGAGACAUGAGCCCAUGAUGGAUGGGGACUCUUCUCAAUUGCUCUUUAAAUUGUCACUUUUUAAAUCUUAUUUAAUGACAAAUACAUUAAAAGUAUUUCAUUCCUAGAAGAGUUGGGAAACGAAAUUAUUUUCAGCAACAGUGGGAUGUUUGUUAGACCGAUUCCUUGGCAAAAAGAAAAAAAAAGAAAAUGAAAUGAGUUUUGAAUUGUGCAAAAAAUUGCUCAGCAGUUAUGUUGUCGCCCCAAUUGUCAAACUGCUGUGCAAACGGCUCCAACCUGCCAACUUCACCUGUUUUUUUUUAAUUUAGAAGAUAACAAAAUUGUAAUCACUUAUCCUGUCCAGAGAUACAGGGAAAGAGGAAGGUAUAAUAUGUGCUAAAACGCAGAGAAUCCUGUGUGCCGAAGUCACUGGGUGAUAAAGAGGGAGCAUUCCCCAUUUGGGGCUUCAAUUAAGAACCUCCCUUUGGACAGAGAAGAAAGGUGUCAAAGGAGAAAAGAAAAAUUCGUCUCUUUCCAGUUUUUCCUCGUUAGUGUUUGCUUUUCGGUAUUUUCCGUUUAAUCCUGCCUUGUGUGUGGGUGGCCGGUUCCUGGGGAACCCGCUGCCGAGGUGGUGGGGGCACUGUGGCUGUCGGGCUGUGGCUGCAGCGGGCACAGGCCACGCUCCGUUUAGUUUUGUGGCCGCAGCCAUCAAUUCUGCAUGUUUGUCCUGACAGCAGUUCCAGCAGGAGUCCAGUGCUCGUUAGUGGCCCUAGGAAUUUAAAAUGCAGUUCGUGGUUCUGUACCACCAUGGUUUUCAUUAUUACGAUAUUAAAUUAGAAGUCCUCUGGUG